AUGAUAAGAGAAUUUGUUGCCCUUGUUUGCUUUAUCUUGGCAUCUGUAAUCCUUUGCUCUUCAGGGGAUCCAAGAAUUCACACAUCUCACGGGAAGCAGGAGGAAACACAUGAUGGUAGUAGACAUCCCGUGUCGAGUGAUCACAAAAGCCACUCUCGAACCAACGAGGAACAAACUAAUGAUCAUAAAUCGGGGACGCUGUCCAAGGAAAAGGACAGCGUUUUAAACUUUGAAAGAGUUCUGUUUGAUCGCGAAGAGCUGAAGAACUAUGUUCUAGAUUAUCUGCGCACACAUGGUUUCGCUCAAAACCCAACAACAAGCCCUAAGAAGUCACUGGAUCACAAGCAGAAAUCAGCUGGCAGGCAUAGCGGGCCUCGUGACAAGUUAGAAUCACCGCAAUCGAGAUUUGGGGGCAAAAGGGAACAGAAUCAUCACAGUGCCCCCGAGGACGAAAAAUACUUUUCGCGAAACAGUGAGAGUGGUAAUCAAAAUCGAGCUGGUGGGCAUAGUAAGCGUCAUAAAAAAUCGAAAUCACUAGGAACUAGAAAACGCUCACAUGGACGUCACGGUACUCGUGAAAAAGAAAAUGAUGCAUUGUAUAAGGAGAAAUAUGCAGCAGGGUCAGGUCUUUCGACAAAAGAAAGGCGUGGUCAUCAUCAGACGUCCAUUGGCAAGAGUUACAUGUAUCCAGGAACCAAGAAGGAGAGAAUGACGAACACAGAUAUUAAUCAAAAUAACCUAAAACAUGUUUCGAGGUCAGAUAAGCAUGAUGAUCAGAGGAGAAAGAACAAAAUUUCCAAAAUUCAGGCUUCGAGUUCCUCGCUAGAGCACCGGGGUCAUUACAAAAGCAGGAAAAGCUUAAAUAACAGGAAAUCUAACAAGAGAGACUUCAUAGCAAUUCUUCCAGCUCAGUCUUUCAAACUUGAAGGCUUUGAUGUACAGCCAGUUCAUCAAUCUAAAUUAUCUCACAAAAAACACAAAAGAAAAUCAGACAAAAUGCUGAAGCAUGUAAAGUCGAAGAAGUAUAAAUCUGAACAACAUUCUGAAGAAGAAGAGCGUGUAGCUAAAGACAAAAGUGGCCUUAAUUCAAAAUCACAUGCAAAUAAGAACGAGAUCAAAGCGCAAAGACAUGGAGCAGGUUUAAGGAGCAGUGCCUCUUACAAGAGAUCCAGAUAUAGUCACAGAAAGCAGAGCGAAAGUUCAGCACAAGCUAAAAGAAAAGAUUAUUUGCCCCAAAAGCAUCAUAGUCGUGAGAAUAAAAAGAUUUCAGCUCGUAAACGUAAGAAAACUUCAAGACAUCGGGAUGCGCAGAAUAAAAAGUUUUCUCCCUCUUGGAAAUCCCUGGACAAAAGAAAGAUACCGUCUUGGUAUGAUGAUGCCAAGUUUGGAAUAUUUGUUCACUGGGGUUUGUAUUCUGUCCCAAGUUUUGGGACAAUGAACAGUGAAUGGUUUUGGUACAAGUGGAAAGGCAGGCGGCAAUGGCAAAAGUAUUUGAACUUUACUAGGAAAAAUCAUCCUUCAGAAUUCAGCUACAAUGAGUUUGCUCCAUAUUUUACAGCUGAGUUUUUUAAUGCCACGCAGUGGGCAGAGCUUGUGGCCAGAUCUGGGGCAAGGUAUGGUGAUUAGCUUAAAAUACACUUCAUUGUGCAUUCCAGGGUGUGUCAUUAGCAUACUAAUCGCCUAGCUAGUCUUAAGACAAGUCUCCAGCUGCACGUAAAUUGACUAUGAUCGCCAAUAUAAAAAUUUUACUAACGGGUGUCGUUAAUAGUUGGAUCAAUAUAACAUUAAAAAUGUGGGGGAAGAACCAAUUGUACUCGUAGUUCUCUGUUAAGACCGAUUGACAUAGCACAACUUUGUCGCAUGCGAUGUGCUUACAAUAAUUCUACGACGUGGGUCUCACAUACAACCAUGCAAACAGUCAUUCCAUGCUGACCUUUCUUUCAGGUACUUUGUAUUUACCAGCAAACAUCAUGAGGGCUUUACCAACUGGAAUUCAAGUGUGGCUUGGAACUGGAAUUCGGUUGACAUCGGUCCUCACAGAAAUAUUGUUGGUAAGUCAGUAGAGAUUCAGGUGUGCUUAGACGUUUAUUUGCGCCAGAUCGCCACUUAUAUUUUCAGAAGAGGGAGAAUCGUGAACGGCGAGUAUAAGAUUGCAAAAUGCCAGUGCACAAACUAAUCCCGGCAUGAUAAUUUCUGUCGUACUGUCCUUGCUGAUACGAGAAGCUGUGGAAGCCUGGAUUGAGAGCCUACUCAACAAGAGACGGACACUGAGAAAAAACUGAAAGCGCCUGCCUGCGGGGCGCAGAAUAAUCUGUGUUUGUGACGUUCUUUAAUUAUUUUGCCUUUGCCACGAAUGAUAAUCGUUCCUUGGAACUAAGCUGUCUGAAAAAGCCGUUAUUACCUUAUUAUGGGAAAUUUACCCUUUAUUUUUCAUCUUUCACAAAAGCUAAGGGGAAGGUUUACAAUACUUCGAGUCCAUCUUCAUCCUUGUCGCUGUCAGAAGUGAUGUCAAUAUCUUCUCCUUUGAUUUCGGCCAAGAUAAUCGCGUUAAUUUCCUUUUUAUGAAAUUCUAACUCUUCUUUCGCGUUAAUUUUCUUUAUUCGAAAGUCCUUUCCAUGAAAUUCGCGUUAAUUUAACUCGCGUUAAUUUCCAAUACAUGUACCUUAAUUUCAUGGAGCGUUAAUUUCCUGUAAUAAGGUAAAUCAACAAUAUGAAUCCUGUUCCAAUGAUACAUGAGAACAAGAAAGGGUUUUUUACCAAUGUGCCGGCCGACAACAGUCGCUCAUUCCUAUGCAUGCAUGUUUAAAAUGUACGUUAUUUCUCAUUCGAUAAUCAUUUCAUUUCUCUACUUAUUGUUUUCCAGACGAGCUCGCCAAAGCUUUUCGAAAUCUUUGUAAUCCAGAAGUGAAGUUUGGUUUGUACUACUCCCUGUACGAGUGGUUCAACCCUCACUACUUGAGAGACAAAGCAAACGGAUUUAAAACUGAUGAAUACAUCAAGGUAAGGAAAUUUUCAUAGACGAUACGUUUAACUACUAAUUUCACUGUAGUCUUAAACUCCGAGGUUCGUCAUCCCUAACUCUAAUUAUCUAUGCCACUCUCUUUGCCCGACUAAAAAACCAUAAAAUCAUGAAACCAUGAAAAAAACCCAGUAAUAAUCAACCCAAAAAAUUAAAGGAAACAUUAAGCUAACUUGACUUCGAAAUUUUUAUCCACUUGCAGUGAUGUUGAAGUGGUUUAGGAUGUGAAACGAUCUUUCAUCAUUUUUUGUUUAUUGUAAAAUCACAGAUUCUAAUUUUUGAUUCUGACAAAUGGUACAUUUAUAUCUUUUUAUCGGUGGAUUGAGUCGGUUAAUAAAAUGAUGGACAUACUACAUGUACAUUCAGUUUGAGAGUUUUGAAUUUCUUUUGUUUUGCCUCUAGAGUGUCAUGAAUCCACAGUUGUAUGAUCUCGUUAAUACGUUUAAGCCCGAUUACCUGUGGACCGAUGGAGAAUGGGAAGCAAAUGACACAUACUGGAAGAGUACAGAAUUUCUCGCCUGGCUUUUUAAUGAAAGGUAUCUGAAGUCAACACUUUGUACUUUGUUCUUUCAGGGAAUUUGUUUGGAUUUAUUCUCGUCCUCAGCGCCUCCUGUUCCUCUUUGCCGGCGAGAGUCUUUGUAGGAGGUCCUCGUGCUCACGACUCUGUUUAAAUUAGCUCUGUUCUAAUGCUUAACUGGAUGUUACUGUAGAAAUAAAUAAAUAAAUAAAUAAAUAAAUAAUGUAUAAAGAGUUUCCACAACAUCAAGAAACAUCCGCAAAGGGGGAGCAGUGAAGUUAGAAGCGACAUGAAAUUAUGCAGCCAUUGCGUACAUGGAAAGGAGCCCAGUACAAACAGUUCAUGCCCUUUCUCUCUCUUGAAUACUGAAUCAGGUCACUGUCGUUGAUUAUAAAGCAAUGUGUAGAUUACUUGAUCCGCCCGCUUCGGAUGCUUUCGAUUUCCUUUACUUCGCAAAGGAAAAAUAAAUUAAUAUAUGCCAGACCAAUGAUCAGUGUUGUUCGCUAAUUCCCAUCAGCUACUUGAAGUCGUGCUGGGAACAGAUUUGCUGCUAUCUCUUUAGGUACUCUUAGUUUACUCUUGAGCACGUCCAGUCAAAAGUGCCUUGAAUAGUGCAGUGCAAAACGGUAUAUGUUGUGCUUUGCAGCCCAGUAAAAGACAAAGUUGUGGUGAAUGACAGAUGGGGGAAAGGCUGUCGGUGCCGUCAUGGUGGAGUUUGCACUGGAGCAGAUAGGUAUAACCCUGGUCAGUAUAAACUUUCUUUUCUCCUAUGACAGAAGUUGGAACAUGUAAAGUUCUUAUUCAGGGGCACCCAACGACAAUUUUCGGAAAAUAUCUGUUCGGAGGACGAUUUGAGAUCUAGAAUUUUCGUAACAUUUGCUGUAAAAUUUCUUGCUUGUCUGCCUCUCCUAGGAUUUUCGAACAUCUAAAAAAUGAUAUAAUUGCCCAUUUUUAACGAAUUUUAACCCUUAAAAGGUCACCUAGAAUUUUCGGGAGCCUUUUUUCUGGCUGAAAGUUUCGAAAAGGUAAAUUUUGAUCCCUAUAAUUUUCGGAUCACUAGACUUUCAGCUAGGAAAUCCGAACAGAUGAAAAAUUUCUAGGGGAUAAAAAUAUGCCUGUAUCUACCGUUUAAAUACUAAAAUACGUUUAACAAUGCUAUGUUUAAGUGGUUUUGAACUAUAUUCUCGUUGGGUGCCCCUGCUUAUUGCGAAGCCUCGAUGUUGUUAAAAACAGUAGUUUGUAGCUUCUAAACGACGAAGAAACAUCAAAGAACAGACAAUAAGUAGACUGAAGCAACCCGACAAGUUUGAAUAAUCGUAGACAAACGAAAAUCACGACAGUGAUACAUGAGCAUGUAAAAACGCGAUUAUCACUGACUUCAGUCGGCAUUACAAUAGCCUAUACCACCAUUCCUAACUGAUAAACGUCAGACAAGAGGUUUAAUACGAUCGAUUGAAAAGGGGAAUUAGAGUUGCACGUCACCUUAUGUUACAGAAAACUACAUUAUACCGCUGUAAGUCAUUUCACCCUUUCAGGCAAACUUCAAAAAAGGAAAUGGGAGAACGCAAUGACUAUUGACCGACUGUCUUGGGGGUUUCGCAGAGAUGCCAAUCUUAACGAUUACUUUAGCAUCGAAGAACUAAUUAAAGAACUUGUCAGUACAGUAAGGUAAGCUUGAAAGAAUAAUUCACCUUAAGAAGCUUACAAAACAUGUAGUUUUGGAUGAAUACGUGGCUGCCAGUUGCUUCCUAUCACACGUUCUUUUGGCUUGGCGGGCUUGUCGCGCGCAAUCAAUAGGAAGUCUCGCAANUUUGCUGCUAUCUCUUUAGGUACUCUUAGUUUACUCUUGAGCACGUCCAGUCAAAAGUGCCUUGAAUAGUGCAGUGCAAAACGGUAUAUGUUGUGCUUUGCAGCCCAGUAAAAGACAAAGUUGUGGUGAAUGACAGAUGGGGGAAAGGCUGUCGGUGCCGUCAUGGUGGAGUUUGCACUGGAGCAGAUAGGUAUAACCCUGGUCAGUAUAAACUUUCUUUUCUCCUAUGACAGAAGUUGGAACAUGUAAAGUUCUUAUUCAGGGGCACCCAACGACAAUUUUCGGAAAAUAUCUGUUCGGAGGACGAUUUGAGAUCUAGAAUUUUCGUAACAUUUGCUGUAAAAUUUCUUGCUUGUCUGCCUCUCCUAGGAUUUUCGAACAUCUAAAAAAUGAUAUAAUUGCCCAUUUUUAACGAAUUUUAACCCUUAAAAGGUCACCUAGAAUUUUCGGGAGCCUUUUUUCUGGCUGAAAGUUUCGAAAAGGUAAAUUUUGAUCCCUAUAAUUUUCGGAUCACUAGACUUUCAGCUAGGAAAUCCGAACAGAUGAAAAAUUUCUAGGGAAUAAAAAUAUGCCUGUAUCUACCGUUUAAAUACUAAAAUACGUUUAACAAUGCUAUGUUUAAGUGGUUUUGAACUAUAUUCUCGUUGGGUGCCCCUGCUUAUUGCGAAGCCUCGAUGUUGUUAAAAACAGUAGUUUGUAGCUUCUAAACGACGAAGAAACAUCAAAGAACAGACAAUAAGUAGACUGAAGCAACCCGACAAGUUUGAAUAAUCGUAGACAAACGAAAAUCACGACAGUGAUACAUGAGCAUGUAAAAACGCGAUUAUCACUGACUUCAGUCGGCAUUACAAUAGCCUAUACCACCAUUCCUAACUGAUAAACGUCAGACAAGAGGUUUAAUACGAUCGAUUGAAAAGGGGAAUUAGAGUUGCACGUCACCUUAUGUUACAGAAAACUGCAUUAUACCGCUGUAAGUCAUUUCACCCUUUCAGGCAAACUUCAAAAAAGGAAAUGGGAGAACGCAAUGACUAUUGACCGACUGUCUUGGGGGUUUCGCAGAGAUGCCAAUCUUAACGAUUACUUUAGCAUCGAAGAACUAAUUAAAGAACUUGUCAGUACAGUAAGGUAAGCUUGAAAGAAUAAUUCACCUUAAGAAGCUUACAAAACAUGUAGUUUUGGAUGAAUACGUGGCUGCCAGUUGCUUCCUAUCACACGUUCUUUUGGCUUGGCGGGCUUGUCGCGCGCAAUCAAUAGGAAGUCUCGCAAGAGGGAGUUUUAGCAUCGACGACGGCGACGGCAGCGAAAACGUCACUUUUAAAAUGAAUUCGCGUUUUUUCAAGCUUUGUCGCGUUUAUUCCAAUUUACUGAAAAUGUCAAAUGUAGGCGUAUUUCCCUGGAGUUGAUUUCUCGGGGACCGAACUCAAGUUCAAAUACACUGUAAUUUUCAGGGAGUUAUAAUAACUCCUGUAGUGGGGCUAAUUGAACUCCUUACAGUGGAGUUAUUUUUCGUGGAGUUACUUUAACUCCAAAAAGGAGUUUAAAGAACUCUUUUUCAGGAGUAAAAGUGACCCCAGAUAAUGAGGAGGUAAAAUAACCCCAAAAAAGGAGUUAUCCUGUACCUAAAAUUUUUUACUCCACUUUCAGAGUUAAAUUAACUCCAAAAAGAGUAAAAACAACCUAUGUAAGGAGUACAAGUAACCCCCUUUCGGAGCAAUUUUAACUCCAGACUGGGAGUAAAAAGAACUCUUUUCAGGAGUAAAAAUGACCCCAAAUUCGGAGUUGAAUUAGGAGUUAAAAUAACCCCCAAAAAGGGGUUAUCCUGUACCUAAAAUUUUUACUCCAUUUUUGGAGUUAUAAUAACUCCCUAAAAAUUACGGUGUAGAGAAAGAAAAAAUCGUCGUCGCUUGUCGCUUGUUUACGUCCUCCUUAAAACGUGAAAUUAGGUAUUUUCACGUCAUUUUCGUGCAGGGAAGGCAAAGAAAUGUACAAACAAGCGUGACGCACGUGUAGAAUUCUUGUUUUGCUUAUCUAAAACCUAUUGCUUUUCCGAAGUUCUCGUUGCCGUUGCCGUCGCCGUCGUCGUUGCUAAAGCUCCCUAUUAAUUGAAAGGGGCUUCAAGCAGUCUAAAAAGUCACUCGAGAACGAAACUCGCCGCUUUUGCCGGCAGCAGUAUACGGAGUAUCGUUACACAUGUACAUCCACAAACUUAUAUAAACUAAUCCUUAUAACAGCUCAAUAGGGGCUUUUUAUUUUUAAAUUGCUGUGUUUGUAUGUCUGUCUCUUCUUUGGUAGCUGCGGUGGUAACUUACUUAUGAAUGUGGGACCCGCUUCAGACGGAACAAUUUCGCCAAUUUUCCAAGAGAGGCUCACGCAGAUGGGAGACUGGUUAAAAGUAAAUGGUGACGCUAUAUACAAAACGAGGCCUUGGAGAGCACAGAAUGAUUCGGUCAGCGGCAAUGUUUGGUGGGUAUAGUUUUUCUAACGUACAUGUAUGAAAAAUGUCGCAAACUCAUCGAAUGUGGGUUGAGCUUUUCUGAACUAUUUCAUGUGUGAAACCAUUUGCCCGGCCUGCGGCCUGCUGGUAUUUUUAUGAUCCGUCAGAGUAUAGAUCAUGGAGAAUUGUUGUCUAUUUGUUGAAUGUCCAUAAUUGUUCUUUUCUUUACAUUACCAGUACUUACUAUCUCUGUGUUAAAAUAACAAUAAUUAUGAGGUACGAAUAAUAAGGUUUAUGGUCAUGCUUAGAUAAAGUGUUCACUGGAGUACAAUAGCUGCUUUCCCUGAAUAUCGAGCUCUGCGCUAUGGUUUUGCGCGCCGUCAGAUCAGGCCGGUGGUUCUCGUUCGUUAAAGUAACAACAGCUAGCUGCAAAGGAGCGCAAACGAAUAUGCCGUACUAGAGCCCAAAAAUACCAAAAGGUGAACAUAAAUCUGCAUGGCUGAUUGUAACACGCAAAAUUCAACUUAGCAAGACAAAAAUGACACCUAUUAAUCCCUAACAGAGCGGGAUUGUAGCCGUUGACAGAUGUUUCGCUAGUUUUGGUUCGCCAGAGCGGCAUAACAACAGUCGUCUUUCUCUAUACUUUAAUCUUUGAGUUUUUUGAAACCCUUCGCCCCAUUUUAUCAAAUAAUCAUGUUGGUUGUUUACCAUUUACAAAAAGUUUCCGGAAAAUCCGGUUGUUAACGAAUUUUUUUGGUCGUUCCGGCGGGGAAUUUCCGGGAGCAACGGAACAUCUGAAAAGGUAGUCCGGUUUUUCCGGACGGAAUGCUCCCAACGGAACUUCUUUAAAUUUUUCUUUUUCUCAGAGCUAUCUUUGACAUCGGUUUCAGGCCUUCGAGGCCGUUUUACAGAAAGGGAAUCGAAUUGUACAAACGUUAAACGCGAUUCCGGGAUGAAACUUGCCAGUCCCGACCCAAACCAUGAACCGACUGUUUUGCCCGUGUAGAUGGUAAACACACCGUUAACUCCACCACACCGUCUUGUUAUCCUUAGUUUUUCAUUCCACUUCUUAUUUCCUGUGUGUUAAAAUCCUAUAUAGGUACACUGCAAAAGGCGAACAUGUGUUUGCUAUAUCACUCAGCUGGCCACGAUCAGGAAAGUUGGAACUCGGGGACCCUAUUGCCACGCCCCGAACAAGUGUUAAGAUGCUGGGAACUAAAACAUCUCUCUCCUGGAUUCCAAAGCACAAAAGCAAGAAAGCUGGUCUCGUGAUACAUGUUCCAGCGAUUCCUGUAUCCAAUCUUCCUUGUCUGUGGGCUUGGGUUUUUAAGUUGUCACACGUUAAGUGAUUUCGUUGUACGGCUGCACCUAAUAGACAACAUUGAGUCACUUCCACUUGAUGGCGGAAAUGAUAAACAUUUUCAGAUAGUGAACGUGGUGAAAGCUAAAGAACUUUAGACGAUGUUGUUUAACUCCUCCUUUUUGUUGUGGUGAUAUCUAGAG